AUGGGUAUCACAAAUUCACAGCCUGUUGAACAGACCGAGCACUGCCCGCAUGGGAAAGAACAGACGUACCAACCGGAUCAAAACCCUUCACCUAAUCAGCCUUUUCCGUUACGUAAAGACCGUGAAAAGUCAACGAUACCAAAAGCAGGGACUGAUGAGACAUGGGAAUAUCCAUCACCGCAAAUGUUUUGGAACGCAAUGCUGCGUAAAGGAUGGCGUUGGGAAGAAGAUCAGAUUUCUGAAAGAGAUAUGGAAAAUAUUAUUUCAAUUCACAACGCAAAUAACGAAGAAGCAUGGCGUGAAGUUUUAAAAUGGGAGCACAUGUUACACCCUGAAUGUGAUUGUCCGAAACUGAAAAGUUUUAAAGGAGAUGCUAAAAAGAUCUCACCGCGAGCUCGUAUUCGCAACUGGAUGGGGUAUCAGUUGCCGUUUGACCGGCAUGAUUGGGUAGUGGAUCGAUGUGGUCUUCAAGAGGUUCGGUACGUGAUUGAUUACUACGACGGUGGAGAUGUUGAUCCAAAGUCCAAGCUAUUUACAUAUUUAGAUGUUAGACCAGCAAUGGACAGUUGGAGGUCUGUUUGGGAUAGGAUGGUGGUUGCUUACUGGCGGUUUAAGUUUGACUACUUUGGUAUUGCUCCAAGAAAUGGGCUUGACUCUUUUUCUGUAGCGCAUUGGUAG